AUGAGUUACACAGGAGACCAGCAAGAAUGCCUAAAUGCAUACAUCGUCACAUUCAAUUGUGCGCGAAACUUGAUCCCCCAAGACCAUUUUGCUGCCCAUUUUUUCGAUGUCCUGCCACAAUCAAGGCCGGCGCCUGAGAUCCUUGUGCUGAGUCUGCAAGAAGUCGCACCCAUAUCCUAUGCGUUUUUGGGCGGGUCUUUUCUUGUGCCUUAUCUGAGUGCCUUCCAGAAGGCGAUUGAUGUUGCUACGGCGAACCGCUGGCCUGCUUCUGCGACUACCAAUGAUGAACGGCAGGGUGGUGCUGGCGACAUCAAAUAUGUAAAUGUCAUCUCGCAUAAUUGUGGGUUUACCGCUCUUCUUGUCUUCGUCAGAGCCGAUGUUGCAGGGAACGUGGCCUGGGCGGAUAUCGCGGAAGUUGGCGUGGGAAUCCAGGACAUGGGCAACAAAGGCGCCGUCGGCGCGCGACUGGGUUAUAUGACUGCAGCUGCGGCCUCUAGUGAUGAUACGCUCGAUCUGACAUUUGUCGCUGCCCAUAUCGCGCCCAUGGAACAUGCAUACGAGCGCAGAAAUCGGGAUUGGAGGAGAAUAGUCGAGGGGUUGGUCUUUACAAAGCCCGGUAGUGGCCAGGCUAUUGAAGACGAAGACGAAGAAGAUGGGGAUACUACGCAUCUUCUUUCGCAGGCCCAGGGGGAUAGUGCGCAAUCGGGCAUUUUUAGUCCCCGAUCACACCUAUUCUUUGCAGGAGAUCUAAACUACCGGACCUCGGAUACAUCGCCAGCUGUAACCGAUCGGGUUCGAUUCCCUCAGCCCAAUGCCGCAACUAACUAUGUAAACCAUCAUUCGGAGUUAUUUAAAAAAGACCAACUGACGCGAGAGCUACGCGCAAAGAAAACGCUACACGGCCUAUCCGAAGCACCAAUCACAUUCCCACCUACCUACAAGUACUCGGAUGAAGCUCAAAAAGCAGCGUCUCAAGUAGGAGCAGAGGGAGAAGGGGUGCAGGAACAUCCCGGCGUGUGGAAAUGGGCAAAGAAGCGCUGGCCCAGUUGGUGUGAUCGGAUAUUGUAUUUGGAUCUUCCAUCCUGGAUGGCGACAAGAUUUGAGAGCGAGGGUUCUUCCAUUCUGGUAUACGGGUACAACGCAUUACCUCUGUUUCCGACUUCAGAUCAUCGUCCAGUUGCUCUUUCUGUCUCUGUUCCAUUGCGCCCCAUCUCUCCCCCGCCGAUGCAUGUAGCGGGUAGUGAUGAUAUCCGGUUGCAGCCUCCGUUCGCAAUUGAUUCCGCGUGGAGAAUUAGACGGGCCAGCGCUAGGAUAAAGGAGAUUGCCGUGGGUGGAGCUGUGUACCUAGUUAUGACAUGGGAAGGCAAUGGUCUUCUGCUGGCCACAGUAGUGGGGAUUUUCGGAGGAUGGGUUGUGCUUCGGUCUCUUCUUCAGGGUGAGCUCAACACCCCCGAAAUAGGGUACUACUGUAGAUCCGGUCCCAAGUGA